AUGGGUGCAAGAAGAAAGAAACGACUCAUUUAUGAAAUUCAACUAUCCAGUACAGUGACUGAUUGGGGAAACCAGAAUCCACAAACAUUGAGGGAGGUUGUGCAAGUGCCAGCUAGUGGAAGCUCUGCAUCUACUGUAACCACUACACCCAUUGUUGCUCCUCCCUUAUCCCCAACACCACCAACACCAACUGUAACAGAAACUGUACCAGAAGCCCCACCAACACCUGAAAAAGAUGAUCAAGGUUGGGGUACUCCUGGCUCUGAUGGUUGGGGUGGCUCUGCAGAGCCCCAGGGAACCUGGGAUGAGCCAGCUGUUCCACAGAAGGAAACUCCUGAUCCAGACCCUCCCCAGCCUGAUCCAGUUCAGCAAGCAGUCUCAAAUGAACCCAAAACAUUUGCAAAUUUGUUCAAGGGCACUCAAGGAUUUACUGGUGCACCACCACCUACAUCUACAUCACAGCAGCCUUCUAUACAGUCAGCACCACCUGUACCACAACAGAAUCAGCAAGUUAAUCGAGAAGUAAACAUCCGGGCUACAUCAGCAGCUAGUGCAAAUCCUGUUCAGAAUCAGCCCCAGUCUGGAGGUGGAUUUACUCCGCGUGCACUCAGGAACACACAAGUACGCGGACCACCAAGAGACCGCCCAUACAGGCCUAACAGUGAAGAUAAUUCAGAAUUAGGUAAGUGUUGUCUUGGCUGUGGCAUUGAUGAGGUAUAUAUAAGGUUGUGAGAGAAUACUGAUUAC